GAAGAUGAAGCUCUACUGAAAGGUUUCAAGAAGCAUGGCAAAGCAUGGACUGCCAUCAUGGACGAUUCAGAUCUUGGUCUAUCUGCUCGUAAAGCAACGGAUCUGAGAGACCGUAUGCGCACUCGUUUUCCCGAGGAAUAUGCUCAAGCUGGAUUAGCGCCACGGACGAAGAAGCAGGCGACCACCUUGGCUCAGGCUUCUCGAGUGGAUGACGAUGCCGCAGACGAUGUAUGUCAGCUAAAAAAUAGCGGCAGUAGUCAACCCAAUGCCUGGACAACCAAUACCAGCACUCCUUCGCAGGCCAGCGGCCGUGCACCGUCCAAUACUCACGCAAGGAGCAGCGUCCAGCCUAAGACUGCAGAGACUCGCCGACCACAUCAGCCAUCACUAUUCAGCCUCGAUGAUAUAUAUCUCGCGCGGCUUAGUGACGACGAAGAGGAUGCCGAACAUGAACGAAUCACCCUCGAUCGAGGCAUCCUAGAUUGGGCUCCGAGCACCGCGAGAGUCGCGCCCAUUGAAAGCACACGACCUCCCGAUAUCGAUCCAUUAAUGUUGACCCUGCCCAAACGAAUCCCGCCCAUGCAUGCGCCUGACCCGCCUUUGUCGCAAGGAGGACAGGGCAAUAACACCACGUCGCUUCCCUCGCUCGCAAGCCUUGUGCCACUACCAGAAGGAAGUAAUAGUGCCGAACAAAUGGAGCAAUUGCCAUCGCUCACAGAAUGGUGGGUACCUCCUCAGGAGAACGACUCGAGGUCGGGUGGAGCGUCGCUAGAAGACAUACUUGGGAGCGCAUUGUAA